AUGUUCAGCAAGAGCUCCUCAGGUCCCGAUGAUCUUUUCGAGGAGAGUUCGUUUUCUCCCUCGUCUUUGUCAAGUUGUUCCUCCUCCGUGCAGUGCAGCCCGGUGUGCUCCUCCUGCGGCCUGGACAUAGUGGACAGAUACCUGCUCAAGGUAAAUGACCUGUGCUGGCAUGUGCGCUGCCUCUCGUGUAGUGUGUGCAACACAUCCCUGGGUCGUCAUGUGACCUGCUUCAUCAAAGACAAACAAGUCUUCUGCAAACUUGACUACUUCAGGAGGUAUGGGACGCGCUGUGCUCGCUGCGGCCGCAACAUAAAUUCCAGUGACUGGGUGCGACGUGCAAGAGGCAGCACCUUCCAUAUGGCGUGCUUCUCCUGCACCUCCUGCAAGAGACAGCUGUCCACCGGGGAAGAGUGUGGACUCCUGGAGAACCGCAUCUUCUGCCGAACGCACUACGACAUAAUGGUGGACAAUCUAAAGCGGGCCAGAGAAAAUGCUCCCAUCCUGCUGGCGUCUCUGGCUCCUGAUCAACUGAGCCCUCCUCUGAUGGACGACCUGCAGUACAGUACAUAUCUGACUUCAGACGCACCUCUGCUCACCACACUCGCCUACAUGGAUGUUCCCAAUUCAGAUCCGCUGUUGCUGCAGCCGCUCCUCUCCCACUCUUUGACACAGCUGCCAGUCAGCCACGCCUGA